CACAAGAGCGAACUACGUAAAACCACAUGAUUUGCUAUUCGUGCUGUGAGUGGUGGAUUCGGUUAUUCGUGGUUGAACAACGGCGCGGUGGGUCACGUGACGGCAUCUGCUGCUGGCUGAGCGAAGCGUGUUAGCAGGUAAAGAAAUAAAAAGAUUUUUCUAUUUUGUACAUACAUUGUUUUGUAUAUACUGUAUAUGAUGACUUCAGUGGUCAGCAAUCCAGCUCGAGGACCUCGGGACAGAGUGCUGCCCACCACCACCACACAAACCACACAGCCACAGAAACAAAUACAGGCCACAGCAGAACAGAUACGUCUUGCCCAGAUGAUCUAUGACAAAAACGAUGCAGACUUUGAGGAUAAGGUGAAACAGCUGAUUGAGGUGACUGGGAAGACCCAAGAUGAGUGCAUGGUGGCCCUCCAUGACUGCAAUGAGGAUGUCAACAGAGCCAUCAAUUUCCUGCUGGAAAGCACUUCUGACACGACCUCCUGGGAGACAGUUGGGAAAAAGGCGCGUGGCCCGGGGAAGGAUGGAGGUCCCUCAGAAAUGAAGGACAACAGAGAGAAGAGGGGAGAUCGUGAGGCAAGCCGGGGCCGUGGUGGCCCCAACAGAAGGGGCCGUGGAACCAACCGCAGCCGAGAGGUGCGAUCAGAAGAGAAUGGGUUUGAAAUGGGUCCAGGAGAUCGAGGGGCUGAACGUGGUCGCAGAGGAAGGGGCGUCGCUGGCAGAGGAUUGGGGGUUCGCGGUAGAGGAAGAGCAGCUGGCGGUAACAGGUUCUCCUCUCAGGGAAUGGGGAUCUUCAACCCUGCUGAUUACUCUGCCAAUUCUGGCUCGUCGCGUCAGGAACAUUGGGAUACGGAGGGGAACGAAGGUGGCGACGGAACAGGAACAUGGAGAGGCAAUUUGGAAGACUGGGCUGCAGAAGACUGGAAUGAGGAUCUCUCUGAGUCCAAGGUGUUCACUGCCUCUGUGAACCACACCACAACUGGACACAGUGUGGACGUGGACUUGCUGCUGCCCAAGGCUGGCGGCUCUGAGGCAGAGCUGGGUGGCUUGGACCCCCCUGCCUCGGAGGGCCUUGGGGGCCAGAGUCUGGUGUUCACCAACUCCCACCAUAACAGCACUCGCUCUGCCACGCACAGCUACGCCAGCGCUGCUGCCAACAGCUAUGCCAGCGCUGCCUCUGGCACCAAUUACAACCACGCCGCCCUGUCCUCAGUUUUAGGUUCUGGUUUUGGGGUUCUGAGUGGGUCCAAGCCGACCACGGCUGAGGUCAGGAUACCAGAGCAGCUCAAUGGACCCCGGCUCUCCCCGAGGUCCAAUCCACACUUGGUCACCUCAGGCAUUGCCAGUGUCACCAAAGAAUCUGGUUUACCUGCUGUUCAUGGCUCUCCCCUGGUUUCUGGCAGUGAAGUCAAGACCCAGGGAUUGGAGAAUGGCCCAGUUCCGACCUCUCACUUGGAUCUGAAGUUGCAGCCAGAGCCGUCCGCAGUCCUCAGCCAGCUGGCCCAGCGGAACGCCCUGGCCCAGGCAGCGCCUCUGUCUCUUCCCCCCCAGGUCCCCUCUCCCCCAGGCCAUGGUCACCACGAUGCUGGACCCCUGCCUCCCAGAGAAGGACCCUUCCUCGACCACCAGGCCCCCAUGACCGAACCCCCACAGAGACAGGUCAAGACCCAGAGACGCAGAGUACCUCCUCCCUCCAAGAUCCCCUCAUCUGCGGUGGAGAUGCCAGGCUCGACAGACAUGUCUGGUCUCAACGUGCAGUUUGGGGCCCUGGACUUUGGCUCAGAGCCCAGUGUGACGGAGGCGGUCCACCAAGCCGAGCCCCCCAGGGAGCAGGCCCCCUCAGCCGUCCCCAUACCUCCGCCUCAGAGCAGCUUGUUCUCCAAGCCUGGACCUGCCAGUGAGCCCCUGGGCAGCUUGCCGUCCAUGCCUCAGUCAGUGUCCAACCCCAGUUUCCCCUCCCCGUCUCUGGGCUUACCCAGUGCCACGCCUUCCCCCUCCCUGGGUCUACCCAGUGCGGCACCACCUUCCUCCACCCCCUCUGCUAGCAGAGUGGACAGCGCCACCCCACGCAGCAUGCCCCCUCACAUGGGCUACACCCAGAGCAAAGACCCCCCUGCCGCCCCCAUCACUAAUGGCUAUGGUGGUGUGAGGACACAGGGCCCACAGGACUCAACAUCGUUGACCUCACGGACAUCAAAGCCAGAAUCGCCUCCCACAAACAGCGACAGUGGCCCUGUCCACCACGUUCCCUCGCCGGCCCCCACCCACUCCGGACCCCUGCCAUCCCUCAGCAGUCAUGUGACCAGUACGUACUCGUCGGGAUCGGCCCUGUCCACUAGCUCCUCCCUCACGAUGACCAGUGAGGAUAGCACUACUCUCCACGCCUUCUCCUCCUCGGCUCCUUCGAUCAGUGCCGCAGUGAGCAGCUCCAAUGGCAUGAUGCACGCCCCCGGGGCACCUGGUCUGACGGCUAACGGGAGUGCCCCCCUCUCGGCUGCUGGACGCACUGCCCAACCUCUGCUGACCACCUCGGGCAAAGCGCCCCCUAACCUUGCCCAAGGAGUGCCCCCUCUUCUGGCCAACCAGUACAUUAUGGGCCCGGGAGGCCUGCUGCCCGCCUACCCGCAGAUCUAUGGAUAUGAGGACCUGCAGAUGCUGCAGUCUCGUCUGCCUAUGGACUACUACGGGGUCACAUUCCCUGGUACGACUGCAACGAUGCCUGGCCGCGAUGGGCUAGCCAACAAUCCAUACUCAGGUGAAGCGACCAAGUUUGGACGAGGGGACUCCUCAUCUCCGGUUCCCCCUACCAGCCUGUCGCAAGGCCCUGCCUCUCAGCCUCAGCAGCCUCCCCAGGCUCAGAGUCAAGGACAGGGGCAGAGCCAGGGCCAGCAGACCCAGAACCAGGCCUUCCUCAAUCCCCCUCUGCCCCCAGGCUAUGGCUACACCGGCCUCCCCUAUUACGCCGGCAUGCCCGGGGUGCCCAACGCCUUCCAGUACGGCCCCACCGUUUUUGUGCCUCCGGCCUUGGCCAAGCAGCCCAACAUGGGCCUGGGAAACCCCUCCAGCCAGUACCACCAACAGCAUCAGCCAAGCUAUGGCCAGCACGCUUAUGGAGCAGCUUUUGACGACCUGUCUCAGGGCCACGCGGGGGAGUACAGUAAGGGAGGGUACGGAGGCUCUGCCCAGUCCCAGGCCAAAUCAGCUGGCAGCGGCCCGGGGAAAGCUCCGGGUUUGUCCGGUUCGGCCAGCAGCGGAGGGGUACCUGAUAUGGGCGCUUCAAUCUAUAGCAAGACACAGUCUUUUGAUAAGCAGGGCUUCCAUACCGGAACCCCCCCUCCCUUCAGCCUGCCAUCUGCCCUGGGGGGCACUGGUCCCCUGAACCCCGGUGGUGCCCCUGGUUACGCCCCAACCCCCUUCCUGCAUAUCAUGCCUGCCCACCAGCAGCCCCACUCCCAGCUGCUGCACCAUCACCUGACCCAGGACGGACAGGGCGGCCCAGGUCAGCGCAACCAGUCCAGCAGCAUGCAGCAGAAGAGCCAGGGCAACAAGUCCAGCUACGGCAGCCCUUACUGGGCCAACUGAAGGACUCUGUGGGGGCCACCUAAGGUCCUCCAUCCUAAAGGCUCUGUGUGUGAAGCUCAACAAAAACACACUACCCAAACAUAACCCCCCCCCACCCCUUAACUCCCUGUAGCCCCCAAAGUCCUCAUAACAUUUUCUCUUUUCCCUUUUCAAAUUGGUUGUACAUGUAAGAUAUUUAUGUAUGUAUUUAUAUAUAUACUGUAUAUGUAAUAGUAGAACAUGAAAUGUGGUUGAUGCAUUUUAUUUUUGAAGGACGUUUUUGUUUACUUUUUCAAAACUGCAGAAAGACGUUACAAAAAAUAAAUCGAACUCCUCUAGCGGAAAAUGGAAAAGGAGAGAGCUUGAGCACUGAGUGAAAUGAGGACAUCUCAGAUAGGGGGUUUCCACAUUAACAAACUGCUUUUGUUUCCAUUUUUAUACACAAAUCUUGAGUGACCCUGCUAACCCCACUCAUUUUGACCCUCUUUUAAAAACACUUUUUUGUAGCCAUAGCCACCCUCCCCAGCCUUCCCUGCUUUUUUGUUUCAGGUGGGGUGAGGGUGGACUAGGUAGGGAGGAUGCCCCUCCCACAACGAUCUCCCCAAAGACCUGCCCAUUCAAUUUUAUAUUUUUAUUUAAUUUUAAACCGUUGUUUCUCUCUAAAUAAAAGUUCUGAGCAGUAAA